AUGCGUUGGAAAGGUUCAAGCUCGCUUAUUCUUUUGGCUGUCCGACCAACAGCUUUUGGUAGGGCACUUCUCAGCUCUGAAAUCGAGAUACCUCAUGAGAUUCACACUCAACCUCUACCGACUCGAAUUCGAAGCACUUCGCGUGCUGGCGAUAAAAUCAAAGGCCGGUCUAUCACGCGCAGAGGCCAAUGUGCUUGCAAGGGGUUGGAACUGGUCAACGAAGAUGAAUACGACGACUGCAUGACGCACAUGUGGACCAGUUGGGACGAUUGCAGCCGCAACUUGGCAAACGAUGUCCCGUCAGAAUACGAAUGGGAAUACUGCGAAGAUGACCAGCAAAGCGAAACUUGCCAAAUAGAGGCUCUGGUCGGACUCACUCCAUCUAUACCUAUGCGGCACCAAGAAUUGGCGGUGCCCAGAGAUUCUGAGUGGAUGGAGGCGCGCGGAAAAAAAGGUCUUGAUCUUGUUGCUAAUCCAGUGCGAGGCGAAGAUUUCCUCGACAAGAUGAAGAAAAACUACGUGAUCUCGAUGUUGAACGCAGCGAAAUGGAUGGAAAAGGGUAUAGGAACUAAUGUUCAUGAACUAUAUUUUUUCGAUGAGUAUGGAUUUGAUAGAAAGAGCGGUUGGACGGGUAUGUGGGUCCACUCAAAAGGCAAUAUAAGAAAACUAGUAGUGGAAAUGAACAUUGGGAAAGCAACAAAGGACGGCAAGGAUUAUGUGGCUAUUGUUGCUCAUGAACGUUUCGCGGCGCCUGAUGCCAAUCGCUACAAGAUUAAUCCAGAUACCAAUUGGGCCGUCCGUGAUGAAGUUACACACGAGCCUGUCGCUCUUCCGCCUGAAGAAGUUAAAGCCAAGGCUGUCCCAAUAGCUCAGCUCGUUUAUCAAGCUGCCUUGCUAACUGGAUUGCUCGAUGGCAAACCUGAAAAGUACUUUUUAGUCAGUGAUACAGGUAUGAUUUUUCCUCUUGCCACCUCAUUGCACACCCACUAACAUAACCCAGUUACCAAUCAAGAGACGCAACGUGAUCUCUUCGCGGUGGAAGCAGCAAUGCAAGAAGAUUGGGAGUUGGACUAUAGCUUUGUACGACCAAACGCUCCUGGUAUUGAAGGAGAAAUGUGCAAUCUCAUAGCUGGUAGUGAUAACAACUAUUCAUGGCUCAAUACUGUCGGUCGCAACCCGCAGACAUUUGGAGACUACAAGGUUGAUAGAAUCAUGACACGUCCAAGGCCUUACUCUAUGGUCAUCGAACUAGUCAAGAAGGAAGCCGGUGGUGCUUAGAUUAUUAGUUCACAGCUUCAACAUUCUUAGCACAGCAACAAGCGAGGAGAUUUAUCCCUUCCAGGCCUUCCAGGCCACAGAUGAACCCAAAAAAGUGCAUGCAAAGUGGAUAUAAGUGGAUGCGAUGAGUGGGUUGAUUUAAAGCUCAAAUGCUUGGAAACAUUGCCCGAUUGGCCCAAACGAGUUGUUUUCGCGGAGAAAACGCUGUUGGAGUGAACACUAUUGCUACACCCAAGAGUGCGCAGUUUCUUUUGUUUCUCUAUGGUCUGUAAGGGAUGGCAUUCUGCAUUGAAAUACUCGCUUUUGAGGCGAUUUUCAGAGAAGAUAGCCCAAGUGGAUCAAUGAUUCUC